AUGAACUUUAUUUAUUUUAAUAUAUUAUUUUUCUCACUCUUAUUAGAUACAUUUAUAUCAUCACAUACGAAUAUUCCUAGAACAAACCAUAAUAAUUCGAAAAAUGCGGCAGUUAAUAAAACACCCGUAAAUACAAUUCCAGAUGUUAUUACAUUAGAUUAUAUAAGAGAACAAUUAAAACAAAUUCAACUAAUAAAAGAUGAAAUAAUCAAAGAUAAACUAAAGAAAAUUAAAUUACUAAAAAAGAAAUAUAAAAGUAAAAAUAAAAAUAAAAAUAAAAAAGAUCAUAAUGAUAUUAAAGAAGAAAUUGAAAAAUUAGAAAAAGAAAUAUUGGAUACUAAAAUAUUAUGUGAAGAUUAUAUAAAAAAUGAAUUAAAAGAAAUCUCAUUAUUAAAAGAUGAAAUUGUAAAGGAUAAAAUAGAAAGCUACCACUGGAAGAGAGAUAAAUUAAUAGAUUAUGAAUUAAACAAACUUUUCUUAGAAGAAGAAAGAAAACAAAUGUUAGAAUCAUAUGAACAACAUGUAAAAGAAGAAUUAGAAAAGAAAAAAAUGAAAGAGAAAAUAUUAAAAGAAAAACAAAUUAAGAAAAAAUUGAAAAUUCAAAAAUUCAAAAAUGAAAGUAUCAUCUAUAAUAUAUAUUUAAAUAUAAAAUAUUACUUAAUUGAAUUUAGAAAUGAUGUUAUAGAUAUAGAAUUAACAUGCCCAAAAUAUUCUCAAGAUUUAUUUAAAAAGAAAAAAGGCAAAAGAAAAACAUUUUUCGAACUAUGGAUGUUAUUUAAUGAAAUAAUGGAAGAAAAAGUUCAUAAAUAUCAAAUAGGGGGAUAUACUAUGGGGUUAGGAAUCAUUUCAGGAAUAGCAAAAUCAAUACAUUCUCUCAUGCCUAUAACUGUAGUGUGUGCUAAAAAAGUUAGCUGCGUAUCUCUUAUUUUACCUGAUCCAGCUACAAAAGUGAUAGCCAUUAUAAUCAUUGUUAUACUUUUUAUAAUACUUUUAGUUUUCUUAUAUAUCAUACUUAAAAAAUAUGGUAUAUUACAAAACGAACACGUACAAAAUGUAAUAUCCAAAUUAGAAUAG